AUGACUGAGAAAUCUCAGACCACCUUGACUAUUCAUGACGAAAAAGAUGAUGAAUUAUUGAAUUCACAAAUAAAAAUGCAACAGAAUAAUGAUGUUCCAGUUCUACCCUUUCCUACAUUUAUUUGGCGGAUAUUUCUCGUAUUUGGGGUAUUUCUAUGUUCAUCGUAUACAAUAAUUGUUCAUUUAUGUGAAAAAGACGGUAGAUUACCGUUCAGUUCAGCAGCAGUUAUUCUGAUGACUGAGUUAAUUAAAAUACUCUCUAAUUUCAAAAUCCUAAGUACAGCUAUAUUGUUCAGACUUAUAAUUAAACA